AUGUUGAACCGACUGGUGAAUAACUUGGCUAGACCGGGAUUCGCAGCCGGCAUCUCGCGCCGGUUUCAGUCUACCGUGCCGGAUCUCACGCCGCUCAAAUACGAACAGAACCUCUACGCGUCGUUGCGCGUCCACAACAAACCAUACCUUGUGACUAAAGGCGACGAAAUGAUUCUUCCAUUCCGUCUAAAGAACGCCGAGGUAGGCGACGUGCUCAACUUCCACGAUGUGACCACUAUCGGAUCGCGUAACUACACUUACAACGUUUCUGGCUCCAUCGACCCUAGCAUUUUCACCAUCAAGGCCGUUGUGGUGGAAAAGACCAAAAAGCCGAUGUACGUGAAGGAAAUCACCAAACGCAGAAACAGACACACGAGACACGUCAAGGUGAAACACGACUACACCGUUUUGCGCGUGUCGGAACUCAAGCUGAACAUAUAA